AAGGAGGAGGACUCCAACUCUCGGACAGUAGUAUCUGAUCGAAUGCUGCAUGUCCUCCGCACAGUGUUAUGUACAAGAUGGACACGCUUAGUAGUAUCGUGUUUUGCAGUGUUCUGCUAUUGUGCCAAAACUUCGCGCAGAGUAUAAAUACAGACUCAAGAAAUCAAAACAUAUCGAUUAAAAGCCAAAAUGUAAAUGCAGUAUUAUCAACAGCAGAACGUAUUCGGCGCUUAGUUCCUUACGUGACGUAUUAUGUAGUGGGCAACAAUGACAAUGACAUAAAUUAUCAACAACAAAAUCAAAAUACAAACCAAAACACACCUAGGCCUCAGACAAAUAACUUUUACUACCAAAAUGAAAGGAAACCACAACAAAAUUCACCUACCCAUAAUCAACAUAACUUUCAAAUUUCAAAUCAACUCCCUCAACAACAUACAACGGCAACAUAUCUUAGAUUCCCUAGUUCUCCAAAAAUUAGAAGACCUAUUGUAGUACCAACAACUGAAAUACCAUAUACUAUUCAAACAGAAAAAACUUAUAAUUAUUAUUAUGAUUAUAUUCAAACUAGUCCCAGACCAAUUUUUCAAACAAAUCCCAGACCAAAUUUUCAACCAAAUCCAAUUCAAUACGACCAUGGAUUUUUACCAACUAUACCAACAAUACCAACUCAUUACUCAGUUCAAAAACAAGAGAUAUUUUCAACUAAAGGCAAAAAAUUAAGAAGACCCAAACCAAAAAUGCCAACAACACCAAUUGCAACUACAACAGAUAAAUAUGGAGCACUUAAUGAGCUGUUAAAUGAUUAUGAUUUGGGAAAUCGACUAUCAAAUAAGAUAACAGCAGAGAACAUCGGUUCCAGUAUACAAACAUUGUCAGCUGUAUUACAAAUAUUACAAAAUGAAGCAGAUGAACAAGUACAACAUAUGAAACCUAAGCCCGUAUAUCGCCCGGAUCCUAUUGACGAGUAUGAUUCAAGUUAUGAAGGAAAUCAAGGAAGACCCGGAGUAGAUUAUCCAAUACUCUCAGUUAUACCUAAAACUAGCUUUGAUUGUAAAACUCAAAGAUACAAAGGGUUCUUUGGAGAUCCAGAAACACAUUGUCAAGUAUGGCAUUAUUGUGAUUUAAAUGGUGGUCAAGCAUCAUUUUUAUGUCCAAAUGGAACCAUAUUCAAUCAAGUUACACUAACAUGUGAUUGGUGGUUUAAUGUGAAAUGUGAUACUACAGCUCAACUUUAUGUGUUAAAUGAACGCUUAUACAAGUAUAUAAUACCUUCCAAGCCCAGUUUUCCGGAGGAUUUUGAAGGACCUUUGGUAGAUAAAUAUUUAGAAGAUAAAUUCAAAGAAACUGAACAAAAGAGAAACCAACAAAGAGAACCAAUACUGCAAAUAAUGAAUAUAACUACUGUUGAACCAGAUACAGUUAGAACACCAUAUCAACAAUUGCUUGAUGUUGACACUUAAAUUUGAGACAUUAUGUAGUUUUUAUAUUACAAGUAUGAAUUUUAAUUUUAUGGUUAAUAAUAUAAUAUACAUGUUUGGUAAGUA